UGUAGGUAGAGCAGGUAAAUGCCGUGGCCGGCGGGUGUGUGUGAGCAGCGGGUGGUCUCCAGACGUUCAGGCUAACCCACCAUGCCAUCGUCCACGCGGAAAGGAGCACUGAAAGACCCCGAGUUUGCCAGCCUCUUCUUCAAAGAUGACCCGGAGGAGGUGUUCUGCGACCUCCACGAGAUCGGCCAUGGGAGCUUCGGCGCCGUUUACUUCGCCCGAAACUCCUACACCAGCGAGGUGGUGGCCAUUAAGAAGAUGUCAUAUAAUGGCAAACAGACCACAGAGAAGUGGCAGGACAUCAUUAAGGAGGUCAAGUUUCUGGAACAGCUGAGACACCCAAACACCAUCGAGUACAAAGGCUGCUACCUGAAAGACAACACUGCCUGGCUUGUCAUGGAGUACUGUUUAGGCUCAGCCUCUGAUUUGUUGGAGGUUCAUAAGAAACCACUGCAGGAGGUUGAAAUCGCUGCCAUCACCCAUGGUGCCUUGCUGGGACUGGCUUACCUGCAUUCCCAUAACAUGAUCCACAGAGAUGUGAAGGCAGGAAACAUUCUAUUGACUGAGCCUGGUCAGGUUAAACUGGCUGAUUUUGGCUCUGCCUCCAUGAGCUCUCCAGCCAACUCAUUUGUGGGGACACCGUACUGGAUGGCUCCUGAGGUGAUUUUAGCCAUGGACGAAGGCCAAUAUGAAGGCCGAGUGGACAUCUGGUCUCUGGGAAUCACCUGUAUUGAACUAGCCGAGCGCAAACCUCCUUUGUUCAACAUGAACGCUAUGAGUGCCUUAUAUCACAUCGCUCAGAACGAUUCACCCACGCUGCAGUCUAAUGACUGGUCGGAUGCGUUCAGGAGCUUCGUGGAUUACUGCCUACAAAAAAUACCUCAGGACAGACCCUCUUCAGCUGAACUCCUGCGACAUGACUUUGUGCGUCGUGAUCGGCCGUUGCGGGUCCUCGUGGACCUGAUCCAGAGGACAAAGGACGCCGUGCGAGAGCUGGACAACCUGCAGUACCGCAAGAUGAAGAAGAUCCUCUACCAGGAGAAACAUAACAGUCCAAUGGGAGAGUCCCAGGAGGAGGAGGAGGAUGGAGAUCAGGGCUGUAAGGGGAACAGUGUUGGCAGUAAUCACUCGGUGCCCAGCACCUCCAUCAGUACAGGCAGUCAGAGCAGCAGCAUCAACAGCCUACAGGAGUGUAACGAUGACCCCUGCUCUGAAAUGGCACUACCACACCAUGAGUAUGACAGCACGCUCGAGUCUUCCACACACCACAAAAAGGAUCAUCAGUAUAUCCGUGAUGAAGGUGGUCAUCGCUCUGACUUUCGACCUUCGCCGUCGGAUCGUGCUCAGGCUCAUAAUUAUAAAAACCGUGAACGUUUCGCUACCAUCAAGUCCGCCUCACUGGUGACGCGUCAGAUCCAUGAACAUGAGCAGGAGAACGAGCUGCGUGAACAGAUGUCCGGCUACAAGCGCAUGCGACGGCAGCACCAGAAGCAGCUGAUCGCUCUGGAGAACAAGCUGAAGGCCGAGAUGGACGAACACAGGCUGAAGCUGCAGAAGGAGGUGGAGACGCAGGCCAACAACGCCUACAUCGAGCUGGAGAAACUCGCCAAGAAGCACGCGAUCCAAACGGAUAAAGAGAUGAAGACGACUGCAGCAGAUGAGAAGAAGUUCCAGCAGCAGAUUUUGGCUCAGCAGAAGAAGGAGCUUACCACCUUCCUGGACACCCAGAAGAAACAGUACAAACUGUGCAAGGAGAAAAUUAAAGAGGAGAUGAACGAGGACCACAGCACUCCAAAGAAGGAGAAGCAGGAGCGUUUGUCAAAGCAUAAGGAGAACAUGCAGCAUUCACAGGCGGAGGAGGAAGCACAGCUUCUUGGCCAGCAGCGCCUCUACUACGAUCGCAACUGCAGGGCUUUCAAACGCAAAGUCAUGACCAAGAGACACGAGUUUGAGCAGGAGCAGCUACGAGAGGAGUUGAAUAAGAAGAAGACGCAGAAGGAGAUGGAGCACGCCAUGCUAAUCAGACACGACGAGUCGACUCAAGAGCUGGAGCACCGGCAGCUGAAAACGUUGCAGAAGCUGCGCAUGGAUCUGAUACGCAUGCAGCACCAAACCGAGCUGGAGAACCAGAUCGAGUACAAUAACCGCCGAGAGAGAGAACUGCACCGCAAACACGUCCUCGAGCUUCGGCAGCAGCCCAAAAACCUCAAGGUGAUGGAGCUGCAGAUAAAGAAGCAGUUCCAGGACACGUGUAAAGUGCAGACGAAGCAAUACAAGGCACUGCGGCACCACCAGCUCGAGGUGACGCCGAAAAACGAGCACAAGACCGUGCUCAAAGCCCUGAAGGACGAGCAGACGCGCAAACUCGCCAUCCUGGCUGAGCAAUACGAGCAGAGCAUCAAUGAGAUGAUGGCAUCGCAGGCGUUGCGCCUGGACGAGGCUCAGGAGGCAGAGUGUCAGGCUCUGAGGCAGCAACUGCAGCAGGAGAUGGAGCUCCUCAACGCCUACCAGAGCAAAAUCAAGAUGCAGACGGAGGCACAGCACGAGCGUGAGCAGCACAAACUCGAGCAGAAAGUGUCGCUGCGCAGAGCUCACCUCGAACAAAAGAUCGAAGAGGAGCUGGCUUCUCUUCAGAAGGAGCGCACAGACCGAAUCAAAUGCCUGCUGGAGCGGCAGGAGCGCGAAGCGGACGCCUUCGAUAUGGAGAGCCUGCGCAUGGGCUUCAGCAACCUGGGUGCUUUAGAUUACCCUAAAGACGACUACAGAUGAGACGUGCGACUCGCUCGCUCGCUCACUCUCACAUUCUCUUUGCCGUUUAAAGAGAAGCGAAAAAAAAAAAAGUCCUCCACUCUUUUAAAAGACACGUGCAGUUUUUUGCUACUGACAAACCCUCUUUACGUCACGACAUUACGACAUGCUGGAUAACUCCCUCAGUCAUCGGUGUUUAAUAUUAUAUCUCUAUAAAUAUAUAAUAUAUAAGUAUUCAUCAAAGAAUGAAAGUUGCAGUGUUAAUGUCUGUGAUCUUUCUCGUGCAAUGAUAACACUUGAUGUAAUCGAUGAAAUAGAGAUUUAGAGAGGAAGGACAGCAAUUCGCACGUGUGACCGGUGUGGGGGGGGGAGGAGUUAGUAUUGCUACUGUUUAUGUCCACACACGUUUUUAGUGAUCUUUUCCACAAGAUUUUUAGAUUUUAGGUGUAUCGCUGCUGAGUCUCGCCGUCUUUUGGUAUUUAUUCAUCAGACUGAAGUGAUUCACACCUUUUGAACAAAUUUGAUAAAAUUUACACAUGAACUUGAUGUAUAUAAACUGAGCAGCUGCCUCUGAUUCAUAAUUUCAGCUAAAUCAGGGUUUCUUCGUGAGGAACCCACUUUAUUCCUGUGUUAUCAACGAUCAAACCUCAGCGCGAGGUCAGCAAUGUGAAUUUUACACACGCACGAAUCUGAAUCCUGCUGGCACAAAGGGCUCUAAGUGAAAAGUAGGCGUCCAUUGUGUGUCAACUUUUUAUGUAGUUGCUUCAUUCCUCUAGGGUUUUAUUUUUUUUCUUUUUAAAUAAUGGUGACCACUUUAUCUGCCUUUUGGCCUCCUAACCGAGGAUGACCUCUGACAUUGUUUUAUCAUUUUUGCUUUCAAGAGCUUUUUUUUUUUUUUGAGAGAAGACUCCUGUGAAUAGAAACCUUGCUUUACUGUUUGCAUGCACUUUAAAUUUGUUUUCAGGUCCAAGAGAAGCAUGAUUUCUGUCCCAAAUGCUUUUAAUUAUAUUUGUAAAUAAAACAGUCGACACAUGUCUGAA